AUGGGCGGCGGCGGCGGCGGCCCCGACGAGUUCGGGCGGGCGGCGGCGAGGGCGGCGGCGGCGCGGGCGCUGCAGGCGGCGGGCUUCGCCUCCGCGACCCGCUCGGCGGUGGACGCGCUCGCCGACGUCCUCCUGCGCUACCUCCGCCUCCUCGGCGGCGCCGCCAACGCCCACGCCAACUUUGCCGGCCGCUCCGCCCCCAACGAGCUCGACGUGCUGCGGUUCCUCGAGGAGACCGGCGAGACCUACCAGGGCUUCGAGGGCGCCUCCUUCUCCACCCGCGGCUGCCUCGUAAGCUCCGGCGUCGUCAAGGAUUUGAUCGCGUUCGCCGGCGAUGCCGAUGACAGGCCGCUCUCCGCGGGGCGGCCGCUGCCCAGGUUUCCGGUCCGGCACGAUCCGUCGUCGUGUGCUAGCUUUGCGGCGCUGGGCCGGGGGAGCGGGAUGCGGCAUGUGCCUGACUGGCUCCCGGCCUUUCCGGAGCCCCACACGUAUGCGAUUGCCGAGGAGGAGCCGGGCGAGAUGGUCGGCGGGUCGUCGGCUGCGGUGGACGAGGUCGAGCAGGCGUGGCGGCAGAGGAAGGCCGAGAAGUCGCUGCUCGGUUUGCAACGGCAGCUGGCGCUCGCGGGUGGCAACGGGAUCCGCCCGGCGGCGGUGGUGGAGGAGGGUGCUGGCAAGGAGAAGGAGCUAGAUAGGGCUGUCGUCAAGAGCAAUCCGUUUAUUCAGUCGGCGUUGCGUUGUGGGGAUAAGGAGGUGUCGGAGGUUGGCAUGCCGAAUUUGGGGAAGAAACACCCUGUUCUUGAUGAUGCCUUUGCACCUGCUUUCGCUGAAUCAGAAGGUGAAGGACUUGAUGAGGGGAGGAGGGACCAAGACCAAGGUCGAGGUCGGAAGAGGAUGGUUCCAAAGGAGAGGCCACCGGUGUAUUUUCGGAUUGGGCCUGAUAGGAAGUCAAGGGUGAUGGCAUUGAAUUCAAGAGCCUUGGAGGACCGUGAGGGCCCCUUGUUCCUGGAGGAUGAUCGGAAGCGGAGGGCACUGUCGAUACUUGCGGAACCAAUGGAGAAGCCAGGCUGA